AUGUUGGGAAUACUGCGAGAUUUAUUCUGUUUCCGCCGACGACGAGACAUCGAGCUACCGGAAGCUGACUCGUUCCAGUGCGACGAAAAAAGACCAGCCUGCUCCAACUGUUCAAGCCAUCUGAUCGAGUGCGGGUAUAACAACACUGCAGAGUUAGCCAGGUCACAAUCUCCAGAAACUUACACUGAGCGGCUACAUCGAAGCCGCUACCGACCUUAUCGCCAUGCUGCAGGCGGACUCAAACAGUCUUUCAAACAAUCCAAUAUUCAGCCAUCGGAAUUCACCCAAUCGACUGGAAUACAAGGUAGUCUGUCAUCGGGCUUGAUCAGCGCCAUUUCCCUGGCAGACCUGCAACUUUUACACCAUUACACCAUUGGCACGUACCAGACUAUGACUACUGGUCCAGAUCUCCAGACUAUCUGGCAAAAGAACCUCGUACAAUGGGGGAUUGAGUUUCCAUACAUUCUACAUCUCAUUCUUGCUUUAUCUGCCCUCCAUCUGGCUCACGAACAGCCAGACCUCCAAGAGCAAUACAUCCAACAAGCCGACAACCAUUUCAGCUUCGGAGUCCGAUCAGUUACAAGCGUGUUCACCGAGCUUAACGCCGACAAUUGCCAGAGAGUAUACAUGUCUGCCGUUAUGAUAUGUUUCAUAUACUUCGGCAGAGGCCCACGGCCAGGAGAAUACCUGAUCUUCAGCGACAGCGGACCCGCCGAGUGGCUAGUUCUUAUGCGCGGAGUGCGACUAGUUGUUUCAUCCCACCAUGCGAAAGUCUUCAGUGGAAUUCUCGAUCUGAGACCCAAUGACCGGAGUCGGGACCUAACAGCUGAGAUGCGCGAUGAAUUGCACGAACAUACUAUCAACACUGAAGCGGUCAAGCAGCUCGUUGAGAGGGAUAUGACUGAUAAUGAAAUUCGUGGCAGCUACCUGGCUGUUAUUGAAAAUCUCUUCAAAAUCAUGCGCGAGGUUUACGAGAGACGAUCUGCCGGGUCUUCUGGUGUGGACUUGAUGGAUCUUGUAAUGGGAUGGUUUUAUCGUCUCCCCGAAGAGACGAUUAGCUCUUUAGAGCGGAAGGAGCCACAUAUCCUUGUAAUACUAGCGCAUUGGGCUGUGCUUAUGAAGUACAUGGACUCGGCGUGGUUUAUGAGCGGCUGGGCUGAACAUAUGCUAUCGGGGAUCUCUACGUAUCUGCAUGAGGACUUCCGUCAGUGGAUUGAGUGGCCAUUGAACCAGGUGUACCCAACUCCGAUUGAAUAG